AUGUACGCCCGAUACACAACAACGCUACUGUGCAACACCCUCAUUCAGAAGUCGAUCAGCUCUUGCUCGCUUACCGGCGACGCGACAAGGCCGUUGUGUGCAGAUACAUGUGCCGACUUUGCUCAAAGUGAAGCCUACAUCACUGCUGACAAAAAUCUCUGUUCUAACCCUGGUCCUGAUUUGAGCAAACUGAUUCGCGCCGAUUUUGCGACGUGCUCUUUGCCUGAGGAUGCCCUUACCAGCAGGUGCAUUGCUGGAUUUGACAAUGAGUCAGACAACUGUGGUUUUGGUAAUAGCACUAUUGGUCUCUGCUCCUACUGCGCCGCCGGAGGCACCAAUUCAACAGAUACCUGCUGCUAUAAUGCGAAUGCCGAGAAACGAUGCGAAGGUGUUAAGCUCCCUCCUAUCACCGCGACCAUGACCUUUACUCCCCCAACCGCGACAUCAACACCAUCUUCAACUGGGACUCCGGGUGAUUCCAAUGGCAGCGACGGUGGCAACAGGCUUAGUGGUGGCGCCAUAGCUGGUAUUGUUAUCGGCUCGCUCAUUGCAAUUGCGCUCUUGGCUCUGGCGAUUUUCUUCUGUUUCCGCGUCAUGCGCCGCCGACGUGGAAGCCAGCAAGGCAGCAUCUUUAACCAACCUUCUCCGGCUCGAAAGGGUCCUUUGAUGGCACAAGCUAAGCAGACGGCCCCGGAAGGAUAUGAAGUUCUACCUGGUGGUCGCGUGGCUCGUAUGGCAGCGUUGGAAGGCCAUUCUGGCGGCUCGCCCACGCAACGAAGCGGCAACAAUGGCGUCACUGCUUUUGUAGGUGAUGCUCCUCGCAAGGGAACCGAUACCCAGUCCUCCUCUGACGAGUAUGCUGAAUCUCCCGAGCGUGGAGGCGUUUUGCGGCCGCCGCCAACAUCUAGAAGACAAGGGUCAUUGUCAAGCGGCUCUGCUCUCGGAAGCGAUGGCCCACAAUCGCCGGGCAGUGCUGGAUAUUCUUCACCCCUUGGUAUGGCUAGCCAACAGUCGGAGCAACUACCGUUUUUCAAAGACUACUAUUCCCAGGAUGAUAUCCAUCCUUCCGACAAGGUGGCGGUUCUUUGGGCGUAUCAACCUCGCGCUCCCGACGAAUUUUCUCUUGAGCGUGGCGAUAUGAUCAAGGUGGUUGGAAUUUGGGAUGACGGCUGGGCCACAGGCAUCAUGCUCGAUGAACGUGCAGAUGAGUGGGAAGUUAGACGACAAGCCCAACGGGACAGUGGCGUCUCGAACACAUCGGGCAUUCGCGACGAAUCGCCAGAGGCCCAAGGUGAAAUGAAAGCAUUUCCAUUGGUGUGUGUCUGCCUGCCGGAGCACUGGAGAAAAACAAUAGAAGGCGACGGUUCUACAGAAUCUGCGUCAAGUCCAGGGCCAACGGUACCAACCAGUAUUUCAUGA